CCAAAGUCAGUUUGGAUGCAGAGAAACAUCAGACAUCAGUGAAGAGACUUCAUCCAGGUUUCACUCUGAAGAAUGGCACACAUCUCUGUUAACACCAGCCUCCUGAAUGAAAGCAUUGACUACUAUGAUGACCUUCUGGAUGAGAAUUAUGACAGCCUCUCCUUCAUCAUGCAUGUAGUGACAUACAUCAUCAUUUGUAUCGGUCUCCCUUUGAUACUCAUGGCCAUCUAUGCUCUCUACUCUCUGGUAAAGAAUGGUCAUGUGGCUCCAAUCUACAUCAUCAACCUUCUCAUAUCUGACCUCAUUCAGUUCUGCUGUAUAAUCGCUUUGGAGACAGAACCUGAGGAAGAGAAGAUAAUAUUAAUUCUGAGCUGUAUUUACGAUUGUGGCCUAUUCAGCAGUGUUUGUUUCAUGGUGUGUAUUUCACUGGAAAGAUAUUUGCUCAUCGCCCACCCACUGUGGUACCGCUUCAGACGAACCAUCAGGAUCUCUGUGGUGGUCUGUGUUGUAGUCUGGAUCAUAUCUCUUGUGUUGAUUUUUACUGUGUUCUUCUGGGUUACUGGCUUUGUUGCACGAAUUAUCCUCUCCAUCUUCCUCAUCAUUCCCUUCCCACUGUUCAUAUUCUUCCUGGUUGGGACCCUCAGAGCUCUCUCUACUUCUGUCUCAGUCCCCUCUGAUGAAAAACGGAGAAUCGUAGCAAUCUUAGUCCUGGUGCUGCUGAUUUAUACUCUGCUGUUCCUGCCUUACAUUAUUGACCUCACUGCAGAAACAUACAUCUUUAAUAUCACUCUAAGUUUCCUGUCCAACAUGUUUCUAAAGCUGAGUCCACUUGCAGACUUACUUCUGUAUGUUUUCAUCAAAAAAGAGACCUUUGCGAAGCUUUGGACCUCUGUGUGCUGUUGCAGAAAGGAGAACAAUGACACCAACAACACCAACACAAUCAAUCUAGACCACAUGUAGACCAGUGGUUAUCAGUUAGGGGGGCGGAGCCUAGAAGUAGCUCACUGUUUUCAGAAGGUCACAAAUAUGGGGGCCAGAAGUUAUGGAUGUCUGAGUGAGCCCAUGUAUAUAUUUGAUUUACUCCAUUUUCCCAUAAUAAGGAGUAAAUUUAGGUAUUUUCCCAAAGAUCUCAACUAUUUAUCUCCUUUCUCAGGAUGACAAACCUGAGUUUCCAAACAUAACAAGGUCAUUCCUCAAGAAAGAUCCAAAACUUCCCUUUUCAUGUGAAAGUGGAGUAAAGUGACUUGAAUGCAUGCUUGUCCUUGCUACCAUUCUUUCAAACAUGUUUGUUUUGUGCUGUCUUGCUGUUCAGUCGUGUUUUGUUCCACCUAAAUUGCAACAUUUUUUUAUUCAAUACAUCUGAGUGGUUGAACAUUUGUCUACAUUUGGACCAGGAUUCUCAUGAAGAAGGAAGGGGAGUGUCCUGAGGAAGAAGAAAAGGAGAAACACGCUACAAAUGUUCUCCCUAAACAUUAUCUGUUAAGCUGUUUAUUUAAUACAUAUAAAUGAUAUUAAAACAGCUGUACUUAUCUACAUUGUUUUAUCAGUAGAAGCUUUCCUGUGCAGUUUUAGUAUGAUAUCUUCAGGAUGUGAUUCAGAGAAAUUUGUUUUGUGUUUUUGAGAAAUUGAACAAAAUUCACAUCAUCCCUUAUUUUACUCCAAUAAAACUAUUUCAAAAUAA